UCCCUCCUUGAGGCCUUCGGCUAUACGCUGAAGGUGAAACAACACGACAGUCGUUUUGUGCGCUCACUCGUCAGCCUGCGAAGCCUUGAAGAUCUCGAGAAGUCCGCUGAAAAGGAGAGCCCAGCGACCAUGAACGCCACCGUUGGCAACGGUGACGAAGAGGCGACGGAAGAGGAGGGGGAGGAGGCGAAGGCUCAGGUCAUGACGCUCGAGUCGCCGGACUUCCUGCCCUUCAAACCAAAACGUCCCCUGCAGCUGGAGGGAACUGGCCUGAAGACCCUGAAUUUGACUGGUUGUCUGUUGGCGGAGGACAUGCUGAUGUUCACUAUGCGUAAACCCAUUCGUCUGGCCUCCAGCCUCGUGACCCUCUCUCCCCAGGAGUUUUAUGCAUGGUCACGACACUACAUGCUGCAUCGGGUGAUUGAAACCGCGCUCAAGUCGCCCGCAGUGCCCGUGGAGCGGAAACGACAGAUUUAUACUAUUCUCCUGGCAUUCUGCAUUGUCACUUGCCUGUGUGUGCGACCUGCCAUCAUGGCGACCAAGCUUCCUCCCGCCGACACCGCAACUCCAGACAAAAUCAAUUGUACUGAAUUACCGUCAGUAGAACGGGAAUUUGGAAUUUAA